GCCGUUUUUUUUUUUUUAUUUUUAUUUUCUGAAAUAACGAUGGUGCUCUCGCUUUGGUCGGUGAAACCGCAGUGGCGGGUGCUGCGAUCCAAGCUCGUUUCUUUGAUCGUUGUGCUUCUCUCGCACUUAGCGCUUGCUAUGGUUCCCUGCCUAUUCCCCUUCCUCUCCCUCCUUGCUAUGCUCCCAGUCGCAGCUUUGGUUAUGGUGUCAACGUACGCCUUGGCUGGGUGGUUGAGGCGGCUAUUAGAUAUGACGGCUUCAGCUCCAGCCAUGGUUAUUAUCCAUAUUUUGUUCGUUUGGGGAGUUUACAUCACAGUUAUCCGUGAAGCAAUUCCAAACUUACUGGAUGCGAUUCUGAACAUGGAAUUUAUUCUGCUCUUUAUUGGUCUUUACAGAAUUUUUUAUGGUGAUCCCGGAAUUGUACCAGUUAAAUCAACAUGCACCGGAGCACCUGAACAAACUGAUAAUUCCGAUGUUGAUCUCUCAAACAAGCAGUUGGCGGCUUCCUGGAUGGCUCGGGCAGCAACAACCCCAGCCCAAACUGUGGACAGCAAGCAGCCACACCUGGGGCAGCGAUUUCCCGACAUAUUCAGGCAGCAACAGUGGCUUCCCAAGGGGCUGGACGGCAUGGAACUCUUGCUGGAGUCAGUGGAUAGUAGGCAGGUUGAGGAAAAAUCAAGAGCAGGUGCAGAAAGUUCUGGCAGCAGACUUGGAGUGCAGGAAAACUCAAACCGCAUGGAGUUUAUGAAGAAUUUAGAGAAGUUCUGGAACAAUGGGUGUUACAUACAUAGUGAAGUAUAUAUUCGUCUUUGUUUCAUCUCAUCUUUUCUAGCAAAUUCAUCAAGCAAUAUUGCUGUUCUGGUUCAAUAUAUUCUUAAUUAUGUAAUUCUUUUACAGGGUUCUCCACUUUUAUCUAGAGUUAGGUAUUGCUACUUUUGUAAGAGAAAUGUCAAUCGGUUCGAUCACCAUUGUCCUGCAUUUGGGAAUUGCAUAGGUCAGAAAAACCAUCACCUAUUUAUGGUUCUUGUUAUUGGCUUCAUUAUAACGGAGGCCACGUUUUCACUUUGCUCGAGUCAAUAUAUCAAAGUGUCAUCUCUUGCAAAUAGUGGGAGGUUUGAGAGAGACCUUCCUGGCAACUUGGUUACCAGCACACUACUUUUCUCUUGCCUUCAAGUUCUUUGGCAGGUGCCUUUCCUGACUUGGCACAUAUAUUGUAUAUGUUGCAACAUCAAAACUGAAGAGUGGGUUAACUGGAGAAAAUACCCUGAAUUUCAACUUGUAACUCAGCCUCAACAAGCAAGUCCGUUCACAGUAACUAAGUUUGUGAAUCCAUAUAACAAAGGUAUUCUUACCAACGUCAGAGAGUAUUUGAUACAAAGUUUACCUGCUAAGCACCUUGUAGUCUAAUGAUAAAGUGGCGCCUUUAUCUGACAAAUGCAUUGGCUUAUGAUAUGAGUAUAAAAGCUAUACGUGAUUGACCCUCCACUUUGAUUCACUCAACAAGUGCCAAUGGACUUUGGAACUUGUUUGGUAUAUUCUUGGAGGUAAAUUGACUCAAACUUGUUUGGAAGAAUGGAGCUUCUCGGCACAUAGUUCACCUACUUGUUUCAGAAAUGGAGGUCGCAUUGGCUUUUAUUUUGUCAUUAUUUGUCUUGUUUUUACUUGAUGCCAUAUCUAUUCCUUUUUUGUCCAUAUGGAAAUUGCACAGCUGCAAUUCCUGUAUAUGCUGCACUUUUUGUUAUCUUGCAGGCUAAGAUAGUUAGCAAAUGAUAUGUUUAUGCUGCAAUUGUUCAUGUACUGUGAUGGCUCUUAUCUUCUUAAAUAAAAAAAAAGUAUAAUUAUAUAUAA